GGAUGUGGAAUUAUUAGCGGACGUAUAGAAAUCUACUACGAUGGAACAUGGGGCACAGUGUGCAAUCGCAGAUUCGAUAUUACUGAUGCUCACGUUGUAUGUAGGCAACUAGGUUUUCCAGCUGCACUUUCGCUUUACAAUUAUCGCUGGGGAAAUAGCAGGAUCUGGCUUGAGUAUGUCAAAUGUGACGGUGGCGAAAGCUCUAUCACGGCUUGUAAACGUAACGAA